AUGACUAAGGACGUUUUUUCGGUUCAGAUAUUUUUCAUUCUUUUCCGUGAGACGCUUGAAGCGUCUAUUAUUGUUUCUGUUCUUCUUGCGUUUUUAAAGCAAGGUCUUGGCCAAGAGUCUAAUAAUCAUGCCUUGUAUAAACGUUUAGUAUGGCAAGUCUGGAUUGGUGCUGCUCUUGGUAUUUUUAUUUGUUUAGUUAUUGGUGGUGGAUUUAUUGGUGCUUUCUAUUCAUUGGGUAAAGAUAUUUGGUCUAGUGCUGAAGAUUUAUGGGAAGGUAUCUUCUCAAUUAUUGCAACUGUCCUGAUUACUGUCAUGGGUCUUGCCAUGCUCAGAAUUAACAAGAUGAAGGAGAAGUGGAGAGUUAAAAUUGCUCAGGCACUUAUUGAUUCUGAUAAAAAUAGAGGCGAGCUUCCAUGGUACAAGCUAAUGAAUCCUGUUUUGUGGACUAAAAAGUAUGCUAUUGCUGUCCUCCCUUUUAUCACCUGUCUUCGUGAAGGUCUUGAAGCUGUUGUCUUCAUUGGUGGUGUUUCUCUUGGUACUUCUGCCACUGCUUUCCCUCUCCCCGUCAUCUGUGGUCUUUUGGCUGGUUGCUUGUGUGGUUACGUUAUCUAUCGUGGUGGUAACUACAUGUCUAUCCAGAUUUUCCUUAUUGCCUCUACAUGCUUUGUCUACCUCAUUGGUGCCGGUCUUUUCUCUCGUGCUGUUUGGUACUUUGAAAUGUACGUGUUUUCUCAAAAAGCAGGAGGUGAUGUUGCCGAGAUGGGAUCUGGCCCUGGUUCAUACAAAGUUUCAUCUAGUGUCUGGCAUGUUAACUGCUGCAACCCUGAAACUGAUAACGGUUGGAUGAUUUUCAAUGCCCUUUUCGGAUGGCAGAACUCUGCUACUUAUGGUUCAGUUAUCUCUUACAAUGUCUACUGGAUCUUUGUUAGUGCAGUUUUCAUUCUUAUGUGGUACGAGGAAAAAACAGGCCAUUUCCCUUUCCUAAGUGGUAUCAGUAAGAAACUGAAGAAGGAACUUACUGAGGCUGAACGUGAAGAUUUGUUUAGACGGGCUAAUGAGGUAGCGGCUAACUACGGUAAAAAGAAGAACACAAACACUGAAGCUGAGAGCUUGUCUUCGAGUGAUAACAUAGAUAUUGAAAAAGAGCCUACCCAGACAUUUACAGCAAAGGUCUAA